GGAAUGGUUGCUGAGGAAGCUGGCUGACUGAUGGUUAUUUAGGCAGUAAGAGUAGUACUAUUCCUCGGGCUCCCAGCUGCAUCCCCGAAAAGGCGGGUGUAUCUGUAUGCAAGUGUGGAGAGGAGUGGCAGGGCAUUUCUCGCUGUUGUCAGAGCACUGCAUUUGUUCUCCCUUUCUCAACCACAGCUCGAUUGUUUGAGCUUGUCUAAUGAAGCUACUGGAUUCUCUCUUGCUUGUCUGUUUUCUGAGCUGCUAGGCCGGCGAGUGGAAGCAGGAUGAUGGUUUUACUGCUGAUGCUACUCUGUUACUCUGGCUUCUUGCGCUUCUCCCUGGGCCUGACUGAGCUCACCUCCUUUGCCAAGACUGAGGACCGCCUCUUUAAGCAUCUCUUCAAGGAUUAUCAGAAGUGGGUUCGGCCUGUGGAGCACCUCAAUGGGACAGUGAAGGUCAAGUUUGGACUGGCUAUCUCCCAGCUUGUAGAUGUGGAUGAGAAAAACCAGCUGAUGACAACUAAUGUGUGGAUGAAACAGGUGUGGGUGGAUGUGAAGCUAAGAUGGAAUCCAGAUGACUACCUGGGAAUAACAUCUAUCAGAGUUCCCUCUGACACAAUAUGGAUCCCAGACAUUGUUCUCUAUGACAAUGCCGAUGGAAGGUUUGAAGGAUCAGUCACCAAGACGGUGGUAAAGUACGACGGCAUGAUUACAUGGAUCCCCCCGGCCAACUACAAGUCUUCGUGCACCAUCGAUGUCACCUUCUUUCCAUUUGACCUGCAGAACUGCUCCAUGAAAUUUGGCUCCUGGACCUAUGACGGUUCGCAAGUGGACAUCACACUGGAGGACUUCCAUGUGGACAUGCAGGAUUAUUUCGAUAAUGGGGAGUGGCAGAUUGUCACAGCCACUGGUAGCAGGGGAGUGAGGACUGAUGGCUACUGUUUCUUCCCCUUUGUCACCUACUCAUUCGUCAUCCGCCGGCUCCCCCUAUUCUACACCCUGUUCCUUAUCAUCCCCUGCAUUGGCUUGUCCUUCCUGACCAUCCUGGUUUUCUACCUCCCUUCCAAUGGCGGGAAGAUCUCCCUGUGCACCUCGGUUCUGGUGUCCCUCACUGUCUUCCUCCUGGUCAUUGAGGAGAUUAUACCCUCCUCCUCCAAGGUGAUCCCUCUGAUAGGGGAGUACCUGGUUUUCACCAUGAUCUUCGUUACCCUCUCCAUUGUGAUCACUGUCUUUGCCAUCAAUGUCCAUCAUCGCUCUUCCUCCACUCACCAUGGUAUGGCUCCAUGGGUCCGACGUAUUUUCUUACACAAGCUGCCCAAGCUCCUGUGCAUGCGCAGGCAUAUUGACCGAUAUGUCCCCCCUAAUGGCCAGAGUAAGGGAGCUGAUGUAACAUCUUCUAGGAACAACCUGCAGGCGGCACUGGACUCUAUCCGCUACAUCACCCUGCACGUGAUGAAGGAGAACGAGGUCCGCGAGGUUGUUGAAGACUGGAAGUUUGUGGCUCAGGUGCUGGAUCGUGUUUUUCUGUGGACGUUUCUUCUGGUCUCAGUCUUGGGGUCUGUGCUUCUGUUUAUCCCAGUCAUUUACAAGUGGGCCAACAUUACUGUCCCAGCUUACAUGGGGAACAGUGGCUGACCCCUUAUGUGGACACCAGCUGCCAUCAGUGUGGACGUUACUGCAAGUGCUGAAUGACUUUUCGCAGAAGGGGGUCCAUUCCAAAAUGCAUUGAAAAUAGACAUCUUUCAAAACCACCAUUGUAUGAAAAGAAGAGACUUAUGUUCUUCACUUCAUUGUUAUUAACA